GUCAGGAGCUUUUGUUGCGUGAUGAGCUAAGGCGAGUGGUCCACUCUUAAGAGGAUCAAUUGGUGUUAACGCGGCUUCAUACUGGGACAACAGGCCGGGGAUACGCUUUACAGGGUCAGGAUGUCCAAAUGACUGCUCAGGAAAGUCGAGUCAGCGAGGAGAGCCCCGCUCCACUUCUGCGUCCUCCCCCUCCUCCCUUCUUCUCUCCCCACCACCACCACCACCUCCACCACGGCUGGCCAGCCAAGGACUGACGAGAUCCCGAGGAAAAAGCAUGCCAGGCUGGGGCUCGCGUGAGCACCGCUGCCCCUGCCUCUCCUCGGGUCAAGGGAAAGAGGAGGACUGCCCACAGGAAGAGCACGAGAAAAUGCAGGAGGCACGCCGACGUCGUUCGUCAUGAGGAUGUGCAAGAGCGGCUUACAAAUCUUUGCCGGAAGAAUUCUUCGGAAAAAGGUUAAAAAAAAAGGAAAAAGCUGCAGCAGCAGCGACACUGGAGACGGCCGGAUAGCUGAGGCUGAUCCGACUCCUGGCUGGAUGCGUGCGUCACGGCGUGAGUGAACGCUCCCCUGGAUCUGACAAGGGACUCUUCUCUGUGACAGUGGCCGUGUCGUGCUCCAUACGUGUUUGGUCAUAGCAGACAGUCCUCUCGCGUGUGUUGACUGCCGCUUCAGUAGCAGUAACUUGUCUCUAAGCAGUCCUCCAGCUGGUUUGUCAUGACUUUUUUAUGAGGGGGGCUUGGAUUGCAGACUCGCUGGAUGGAAAUAGGGCCCUCUGGCAAUGGCGAGUGUGGGGUGCCGCCGCACUGAAUGGGCACCUCGCCCCCAGCAACAGUAUGCUGUGUUUGAUCUGCAGUGUGUUGUUAAGACUUUUCUGGACUCUCCUUUUUGGUGAAGGGGAAAGGAUUUAAAUGAGGUCUUACUGUGUGAGAAUUGGCUAGCAAUCGUUUACUCAAUGAAGCCCGGCCUUAACCACAUGGGGCGUGAGGAGAAGAUGAUGGAUUUGGGUAGUUUCCCCUUAAGGAGGCAUUCCUGGAUAUGCUUCGAUGUGGACAAUGGCACGUCGUCGGGACGCAGCCCUCUGGACCCCAUGGCCAGCCCUGGGUCAGGACUCAUCCUGCAGGCCAACUUUGUGCACAGCCAGCGGAGGGAGUCUUUCCUCUACCGCUCGGACAGCGACUAUGAGCUGUCCCCCAAGUCCAUGUCCCGGAACUCCUCCAUCGCCAGUGACAUUCAUGGGGACGACAUGAUUGUAACUCCAUUUGCACAGGUUCUGGCCAGUUUGAGAACUGUACGCAACAAUUUUGCUGCGUUAACCAAUGUUCAAACAGAAAGGGCCUCUAACAAGAGAUCGCCCAUGUGCAACCCCCCAUCCAUCACAAAGACCUCAAUCACAGAGGAGGCCUACCAGAAGCUGGCCACCGAGACCCUGGAGGAGCUGGACUGGUGCCUGGACCAGCUGGAGACCCUGCAGACCAGACACUCGGUCAGCGAGAUGGCCUCCAACAAGUUCAAGAGGAUGUUGAACAGAGAGCUCACCCAUCUGUCGGAGAUGAGCCGCUCGGGGAACCAGGUGUCGGAGUUCAUAUCCAGCACCUUCUUAGACAAACAGCAUGAGGUAGAGAUGCCGACUCCUCAGACCCAGGCGGAGAAGGACCAGAAGAAGAAGCAGCCGAUGACGGAGAUCACUGGCGUCAAGAAGCUCCAGCACAGCACCAGCCUCACCAACUCCAACAUCCACCGCUUCGGCGUCAAGACAGAGACAGAGGACGAGCUUGCUAAGGAGUUGGAAGAUGUAAACAAAUGGGGCCUUAAUGUUUUCAAAGUCACAGAGUUUUCUGGGAACCGACCAUUAACAGUUAUGAUGUAUACAAUAUUCCAGGAGAGGGAAUUGUUAAAAACAUUUAAGAUUCCACUAGACACCUUCAUUACCUAUCUAAUGACUUUAGAAGAUCAUUACCACGCAGAUGUUGCCUACCACAACAAUAUCCAUGCUGCUGAUGUUGCCCAGUCCACUCAUGUGCUGCUAUCAACACCGGCCUUAGAGGCGGUGUUCACAGACCUUGAAAUUCUCGCUGCCAUUUUCGCCAGUGCCAUUCAUGAUGUUGACCACCCUGGCGUCUCAAACCAGUUCCUCAUCAGCACUAACUCUGAGUUGGCUCUCAUGUAUAACGACUCGUCGGUGCUGGAGAACCACCACCUGGCUGUGGGCUUCAAGCUGCUGCAGGAUGAGAACUGUGACAUCUUCCAGAAUCUGACCAAAAAACAGAGACAAUCCCUGCGGAAGAUGGUCAUUGACAUUGUCUUAGCAACAGACAUGUCCAAGCACAUGAACCUGUUGGCCGAUCUGAAGACCAUGGUAGAAACCAAAAAAGUCACCAGCUCCGGAGUACUACUCUUGGACAAUUACUCAGACCGGAUACAGGUCCUGCAGAACAUGGUGCACUGUGCCGACCUCAGCAACCCCACCAAGCCCCUGCAGCUGUACCGGCAGUGGACCGACCGCAUCAUGGAGGAGUUCUUCACCCAGGGCGACCGGGAGCGUGAGCGCGGCAUGGAGAUCAGCCCCAUGUGUGACAAGCACAACGCCUCUGUGGAGAAGUCACAGGUGGGAUUUAUUGACUACAUUGUCCACCCGCUGUGGGAGACCUGGGCUGACCUGGUGCACCCAGACGCCCAGGACAUCCUGGACACGCUGGAGGACAACCGGGAGUGGUACCAGAGCACCAUCCCCCAGAGCCCCUCGCCUCACCUGGACGAGACGGAAGAGGGGCGGAGGCCUGGCGGCGGGGCCGAUAAAUUCCAGUUUGAGCUCACCCUAGAGGAAGACGGCGAGUCGGACACGGAAAAAGACAGUGGCAGCCAGCCCGAGGAAGAGGAGGAGGACGAGGAGGAGGAGGAGGACGACGACGACAACAGCUGCAGUGACUCUAAAACUCUUUGCACGCAGGACUCAGAGUCGACCGAGAUUCCCCUGGACGAACAGGUAGGGGAGGGGGAGGAAGAGGAAGAGGAGGGAGAAGGGGAGAGUUCGGACCCCUGUGUUUUAGUGGAGGAGGAAGAUGAGGUGGAGGAAGAGGAAAAUGAGGGGAAAACCGCUGACACGUAACACAUGACGCACGGAAGGCGCUCAACUGACUUUUUUAUCUAUCUACAUCCGAACUAAAGGACUGGGUUUUAUUUUGUAUUUUUGGCGCUUUUGUGUAGUAUUUUUGUUGGUUUUUGUAUUCUCUGUUUUUCUUUCCUGGGUAAUAUGAUGGUUUCAACAUGUAUACAGUUCUCACUUUCAGCUCUCUUCUGGUUUUUGCUGGUUAUCCUACGCCUUCUGUCACGCUUUCCAAGUCAAAUCCCACCAGUUUUGCACUCAGGAAAAUCGAUUUCAGUCCAUUCCAGAGCUCAUUGGUUCGUUUCUCAUCUUGAGUUGAAGAGAGAAAGAAUUAUUUCAGAUGUGUGAACAUUACUUUUUAUUUAUUCAGUGCUUUACCAGUCAUCUACUGUAGAUGCUGUUCAUGUGUGUUUCCUUUUCUUGGUUGAAAAGGAAGGCAGUAUUUCUGUAUUCUUAGAAAGAACUUGCCAAAACUACUCUAUAGACUGUGGUUGUGUCUUGAAGCUAAUGUGCAAAUAGUGGGAUGAAGGUGUGCUUUUCAAAAACGUGUUUAGUUUGAAAGAAGUAAAAAAGGCUACUGAGUGGGAAAGGAAAUUUACCCACAAUUUAUAACCACACUUUUUAAAAGUUUAACAAGUUCAAGUCUUCCUAGAUAUCAACUGAUUCUGCAGCUCUUCAUCCUUGAAUUGUUUUCCGUAAGGUCCCGCUAUCUUAGCAUCAGUGAGGUAAUAGACUGAUGGACUGUCAAAGAGAUACACUGUUCCAUUGACCUGGUUUGUGUCGUUACCGUGGUUACAGAGGAGCAGAAUUUUGCACUUCUAUGAGAUAAACACUCCCUUUCUUUCCACAUUAUCCAUGCAUGUGUCACAUGGGUGAUUCUGAAGUCAUGACAGAUGUGCCGCUUUUUUUCUAGCACAUUUUGGCAUAGAUGUGUGUGUGUGUGUGUGUGUGUGUGUGUGUGUGUG